AUGAUUAAUAGUAUCAAUGAUGAUAAUCAUCGUUUUGAAAUAAUUCAACGUUUUGAACAUGAUGAUGUUAAUUUUCAAUGUGAUUUAAUGGAUGUCGCUUGGUGGAAGAGGCCAAAUUUAUUAGCAACGAGAUUUAAUGUUAUUCUACCAAGGUUUCGUUCAAAAGUAUCUUUAAAACUAACGAAUGAUAAUGAAAAUUUACAAACUUUAACUAUUCGCGAAUUACGAUCGAAUGAUUCGGGCGUUUAUGAAUGUGAAACACUUGGAGCUAUUCGACAAUUCAGUUUAAUCGUUAUGGUUCGACUCACAACUGUUGAAAUUGGUGCUCAAUUAAUAUCAUCACACGAUUCAAUAAAUGAUUAUAUAUCAAAUCAAACUGAUCAUAAUCUCUUACAUCAAUCAUUGAGAUCACAUAAUGGAUCUAUACACUUACGCGAACAUCAAUUAAUACGCCUUACAUGUGUUGUCUCACGAGCUCUACCAGCUGCAAUUCUUCAUUUUCCGUUUGACAUUGAUUAUCAUAUUGAAAGAAAUUCUACAGUAGAAAACGACGAUAAUACAUAUCGAACAAUACUUGUUUUAAUUCUUCGUAUUAAUCGAUAUUAUCAUAAACGUAUAUUUCAUUGUGAAGCAACUCAAUCAUUAAAUAAUGAUAAUGACACUCAAUAUGAACAACAUCGCGUUCUUUCCAAUAUUCUUCAAAUGGAUGUUGCUUACAGUCCAAUAUGUUCUCGUAAGACCACAACUUUGCCGGAAUUUUUAACAGGUAUCCGUCGUCCAAUCAAUAUAACAUGUCAUAUGAACAAUGGCAAUCCUGCAAAAAUAAAUUUCACUUGGCAUCUACCAAAUGGACAUAAACGUUUCGGAAAUUAUUUAAAUAAAACAUCAAAUUAUAUUACAAUAAAAGCAACUAAUAUUACUGACUUUGGCCAAAUUACUUGUCGAGCACAAAACGAAUUAGGUCUAUUUGGGGAAUGUCAUUUUAAUAUGGUUUUAGGAGGUGUACCCGAUCCAAUAGAAUCAUGUCAUUAUACAUAUUUAAAUACAACACUAACUGUAAAUUGUAUGGCUGGAUUUCAUCAAGGUGAUGAAGACUUUUUCUGUUAUAUGUAUAAGCGACAACAAGAUGGUUCUUAUUCGGAACAUGCUCGUUUGAAAGGCAAUUGUGCAUUUAUUCUUCCUGAUCUUAAACCUGAAUUUCAUCAUGAUUUUCGUGUAUUUACAAAAAAUAAAUUUGGAGAAAAUUUCGAUCGAAGUUAUUCCAUUCAAGUUGGAAAAUUGAAACCUGAAUCAUUUGCAGAGAAAACUGGCAUUCAUUGGCCUUUUACGGUUUUAUUUAUUAUCGGCGCAUGUCUUGCUUCAAUAGUUCUAGUUUGUUGUUCCUGUUAUAGAAUACGUAAAGCAAUGAAUUUUAAACGAAAAGCUGAAGAAAAUUUUGACAAUCUAACAUAUCGAAAUCAUAGUUCGCAUCAUUCGUAUCACAAUGCCAAUGGUAAUGAUUGUUUAGUACACGUCAAACAGAAUGGCAAUGGAAUAACCUAUCCUGUACGUCCCUAUCGUUCAAAAGAUUAUUUAAUAUCUGCUGGAUCAUCCGAAUUACAUCGUAACAAUACUCCCUUUAAGCCUAUAUGUCCAUCUGACGAUGAAACACCAUCAAAUUGUCGAAGCACAUUCAAAGAAACUGAUCUUGAUCAUAUACUUGAUCCAUCGAAUGAACGACCCGAUGGAACAAUGUCAAAUACGAAAACUCUAUUAAUAAAUCGAAACCGAACUAUAUUUACUCCGUAUGAUUCUAAAAAAGAAUCAAAUUAUGACUCCAAUCACUUUCCCGUUGUAAUGCAACGUCGUUCAAGUUUUCAGGCAGCAACGAAAUUGAAUAGUUUAGAUUUUUCUACCACGCCAGAAUCAUUUUACUUUUUUGAUAAACAAUUAAUAAAACCAAGUCAACGUGAUCAUUAUUCACCAGAACGUGAACAUUAUCGCGAAAAACGUCGUGACCAUUCAACAUAUACAAAAGUCGAUUUUAAACAAAAAAAUAGUCUCGUUUUCGAAAAUCAAAUGAUCAAAGAUGAAAACUCAACUAAGGAUCAAAAUUGGUCGGAAAUGAAAGCUGUUAAUGAAUAUAAUCGAGAAAUUUCGAAAGAUGAUAAAAAUUUUAUUUUAAGUAAUGAUGAUCGCUAUCGUGAUGACGGUAUUUUUGUGUAA